AAGAAGAGCUCGUAAGUUUCAUUUCUCAUGAAAUCGCUAGUGGACUGAGUCUGAGAGACUUCACGCCAUAGAUAUGGGCUUCCCACUGUGCUGUCGUCCGUGUGCAGUAGGAGCUGUUGUCGCGACCCCUCUUGCUCUGGGGGCCGCAGGUUUCACCUCAGCUGGGAUAGCAGCAGGCUCUGUGGCUGCUAAAAUGAUGUCAGCUGCUGCAGUUACCAGUGGAGGAGGAGUGGCAGCAGGCAGUACGGUGGCUGUUCUACAGUCAGCAGGUGUGGUUGGUCUGUCAGGAGCUGCCACUGCAGCUGUGGCCGGUGUUGGAGCAGCAGCUGGAGCAGCAGCGGGAUGGGUGUCUAGCCUCUUCCGCUAAAAUCAUGAAGGAACAUGAUUGAUUAAAAUUGAUUAGACUUCUGACUAAAACAGUAAUUCACUUAUUAAACUUUAAUAUUUAACUUUGGAUGUCUGUGCAAUAAAUUUAAACUGCCUGUGAAA